GAGAGAGAGAGAGAGAGAAAGAAAGAGAGGGAGUAAGAGGGAGUAAAGAGUGGGGAUGAACUCGAAAGACGGCGGCUGCGGCGCAGGCGGCGCAACCGGCGGCGCAGGUGCAGCGCCGCGCCAGUUUGCUGGCGAACUCGAGCGAAGUUGCGAGCGUGCUCGGGCUAGACGCCGCCGUCUAGACGCGACGCGACGCGCUCCGAACCACCUUCGGGCUUACAUAUUACUACUAGUACUACCACUAUUACUAUUACUACUAUUACUACUAGUACUAUUACUAGUACCGAUACUACUAACGAAGGGUGCCUAACCAAGGAUAAUAUUACAAUUCGUUUGUUCGUCGAAUCGAUCGGUAAUUGUGGUGUGAUAUGAUCGGGGUUAUGGUUUAUUAUGGUAUUAUGGUCGAGAAACGACCUGGACUCGUAUUUAUUGUCGCCAUGAUCGUCGGUAAAUCGUCGGUAUCGUCGUUCUUGUCCUGGACAAGAUCAUAGUGUUGAGCGCUGUUAUGCCUCGUCGUUUGGUGAAUCGUCAACCUGAGAAAGCAGAAGAAGCAGAAGAAGCAGAAGAAGAGGAAGAGGAAGAAGAAGAAGAAGAAGAAGAAGAAGAAGAAGAAGAAGAGGAAGAUAAAGAAAAAAGAAAAGAUAGACGGAUCAUUAAAGCGUGAUAAUUCAAAGGUUAAAGAUUAACCGUGCGUGAUAAAUAAAUCGAUCGGUGAUUCGCAAAGUAUAUUACAUUUGGUUUGGUGAAGAUCGAAGAAUAAAAGAAAGUUUCGGGUAAAGAAUAUACCAGAAAGAAAAAGAGAGAGAGAGAGAGAGAGAGAGAGAGAGAGAGAGAGAGAGCGAAAGAAGAAGAAGAAGAAGAAGAAGAAGGAAGGGAAAAAAAAAAGAAGAAGUCACGGCCGCGGGGGUGGCCAAUAGUGUGAGAGUGCGAUUUAACGCUCGUUGGGAUUUUACCGCAGUAAAAGUGGGUGCACUGGGGCCCUCGGGACCGUUCGGCCGGUACGGGCCCGUCGAAGGUGGGCCUGCUGGUGCUGGUGCUGGUGCUGUUGGUGCUGGUGGUGGUGGAGGUGCUGGAGGUGCUGGUGGGCCUGUCGAGGGAGCGGUGGCAGGGGUGGCCGCUGUCGCGGCUGGGGAGGUGGAGGGCUACGGGAGCGCCGGUGGCGGUGGCGGUGGGCUGGGAGGGGGACCCGGGGGGGUUGGUACCCCCCGGAUAAGGCUCGGCGGCUCUUGCUGCACGCGCCUUUCCGUCACCCAGGCUUGUAGCAUAGAAGCAGGAAGACGAGGUCUGGCGAUGCUCCUGUCAUGUGCAGGAUGCGAGAAACCGAUACUGGAUCAGUACAUGUUCAACGUUUUGGAUCGAGUAUGGCAUGCCCAGUGUGUUCGCUGUUUCGAUUGCGGAUCCGCGUUACAGGACAAGUGUUACUCCAGGGAAGCAAAACUUUUCUGCAGGGAAGACUUCUUCAAACGUUACGGGACGAAAUGCGGCGGAUGCCUUCAAGGUAUCGGACCACAGGACCUAGUCAGGAAGGCAAGGGACAAGGUUUUCCACCUGAAUUGCUUCACCUGCGUGGUCUGUCGAAAGAAGAUGAGCACCGGAGAGGAACUUUACAUUCUGGACGACAACAAAUUCGUUUGCAAGCAAGAUUACAUGUCCGGGAAAUCGAUCCCAGAUACUCAUCACGUUCAUGGCCAUCACGAAUCGUCCAACCUGUCGGCAGGAGGAGACUCACUGAUGGGUUCCGGAUCGGAAGACGAGGACGAGGACGGUAGUGCGCACCAUCAUCAUCAUGGGGGUGUCGGCGGUACACAUCUAGGUUCACACAAUAUGGGUCCUGGUGGUCCAGGUGACCAAAAUGUUGGACAUACUGGUGAUCUACAACUUGUGACUGAUCCUUGCAAACAGGAGGACUCUGAGGAUCAAGGUUCCCUGGAUGGUGACCCAGAAACGAGAGACAGUCAAACGGAAAACAAGAGUCCUGAUGGUGGUGCAGGUGGUGGUAGUGGGGAUGGCGGUGCGGGAUCGAAAAGACGAGGUCCCAGAACAACCAUCAAAGCUAAACAAUUGGAGAUAUUGAAGAACGCUUUCUCAUCUACGCCGAAACCUACAAGGCAUAUCAGAGAACAAUUGGCCAAGGAAACUGGAUUGCCCAUGAGAGUCAUACAGGUCUGGUUUCAAAACAAGAGGAGCAAAGAGAGAAGGUUGAAGCAAUUAACGUCGAUAGGUAGAAGCCCGUAUUAUGCUGGCUCGAGAAAGAUCCGUGGUUUCCCAUUGAAUCUUAAUCCAGCAUUGGGCGGUGAGGAUGGUCCACCACCUAGUUUCGCUUAUUUCGGGGACAAAUUUGAAUUUGGUUAUGGUAGUCCCGUUACGUUUCAUCCGGAAUUUUUUGGCGCCCAUCCACCCCCACAUCCCCAUGGGCCACCUUUCGCUGGACCAGGUAAUCCUGUACGUAAUCUGUUCUUGACAGGUCUAGAUCCAGCUAGUUUAGCGGGUAUGGCAGCAGCAGUGGCGGUGACAGGGGAGUAUCCACCUCCAGGUGCGGGAGGUGGUCCUCCGGAAUUUCUAACAGGGCCCCCUGGGCAGGGGCCUCCUGCACCAACUGGUGGCAGCCCCGGAGAGUUCCUAGCACCUUCAGGUGGAGCGCAGGGUAAUCCUAGUGGUGGGGGUAAUGGUGGAGGACCAGGCGGCGGUGGUGGUGGGGGUGGCUUUCUCGAGCCUCACCAGAUGCAGAGUGAAGGUUUAGCCUGGUAGUACGAGUUUUAAUUUAAAAAAAAAACACGUGCAUACAUACAUACACACACAAACACAUACACACUCACAUACACACACACACACGUACACGCACUCGAGCAUAGACAUACAAAAGGAAAACAAAAAACGGGUCAUUCUCAUUUCCCUCCGAAGAAUGAAAUAAUAAUAGUAAUUAAAAAGGAAAAAAAAAAGGAAAAAGAAAUAAUCAAAAUUUUGAAAAUUUCUUACACGAUUGGUCUAGCCAUAUUUGAACAUAUGAAUUUUCCUAAGGACACACAUAUGUACACGCACACACACACACACACACACACACACACACACACGCAUACGUACAAUACGAUUUUAUUUUUCUCUCGUUCAAUCUUUUUUUUUUUUCUUUUUUUUUUUUUCUUUGAAAGAAAUUCGUGGUAAUAAAUUUGAAAAAUAAAAGAAAAGAAAAAAGGAUUUAAAAAAAAGAAGGACGAAUCAAAGGGAAAAAACCGAACUCGACGAGACCUAUGACCUUCCACGUGUACUACUCGUUUUCUGUAUAAAAAAAAAAAUAUAUAUAUAUAUAUAUAUAUUAAUAAUAACGGAGACGAUUAUUAUUAUUAUUAUUAUUAUUAUUAUUAUUAUUAUUAUUAUUAUUAUUAUUAUUAUUAUUA